AUGCCACGUCCAAUGCACAAUACCACCUCGCUCCCUCGCGAUCUGCGAUCGGAGCUAGGAAUCAGGGACACUUACGGCGAAAAGAAGCGAAAACAGAACGGCCCUGGCUCACGGAAAGAACGAAGACAAGCCGAGCGAACGGAGAAGAAGUCGAGAAGAACACCAGCCCCGCCGGUCCGAACCCAGAAUCAGCGUCCCCAGAAGAAGGACAGCAAAAAUGAUAGUGAAGACGAGUCCGACCUGGUCGAGGAUGCACCGAAAGGCAAAUCCAAAGCUGCCUCCAAGGGACCCGGGGUCAAGCAAAAGGCAGCUGCCAAAUUGAACAAGGCGGAAGACACAGAAUCCGAAGAUAGCGAACCAAACUAUCUCGAUGAGGAUACAGACGAAAAGGAAUCCGAUAGUGGACAAGAGGGACUUGAAAGCGAUUCGGCCGAUGAUAUCCUCGACCGUGGACAUGUUUCAUCAACUGUCAAAUCAAAGCUAGAUGAGGACGAUGCGGAAAUAGCAGCUUUGGAAAAGAAACUGGGUCUCAAAAAGGGCAAAAAACUGCCGAAGGCAUUCGCAGAGGACGGAUUGGACGAUUUAAUGGGUAACUUGGCGGAGGAUUCGGAGGACGACAGCAAGAAGCGCAAACGUGAAGCAGACGAUUGGUUGCAAAGUAAAAGACAAAAGGCCCAGGAACGCCAGGCAGCAGCUAUGGAUCUUGACGAAGGAGACGACGAAAGUGACAGUGAAUUAGAGGUGGAUCUCGACGAGGAAGUGUUUGGCUCGGACGACGGCAGUGAAUUCGACGGUUUCGACCCUGAGGAGAAAGCCCCAACCAAACAGCGUGAAAACCCAUACAUUGCGCCCCCAACCAAGAAAGAGGUCACACCGGGCCAGAAAUACAUCCCACCCUCACUGCGUGCGCGCCAGGAACCUGAAACCGAAUCCCUCACAAGGCUCAAGCGACAGGCCCAAGGGUACCUGAACAAGCUUUCCGAGGCCAACCUGAUCUCUAUUCUCGCUGAAUUUGAGAAGCUCUAUCGUGAUUAUCCGCGUCAACAUGUCACUUCAACGAUCAUUGAUUUGUUGAUGGGUUUGAUCUGCGAGAGGUCAGUGCUCCAGGACACCUUCCUGGUUCUUCAUGCGGGUUUCAUCGCUUCUCUUUACAAGAUCAUGGGCAUGGAUUUUGGCGCGGAAAUUGUGCAAAGAAUUGUCGAGACAUUGGAUGCUGAAGGCGACGAGAGGGGCGGGUUCGAAGGCAAAGAGAGCAUGAAUCUUGUCUCCCUUCUUGCCCAACUCUACAACUUCCAUGUCAUCGGAAGCCCGUUGAUCUUCGACUACAUUCGUCUCUUCCUAAAGGAGAUCACGGAGAACAAUACUGAAUUACUGCUCAAGGUCAUUCGCAAUUGUGGUCCCCAGCUUCGACAAGACGACCCGUCCGCUCUGAAGGAUAUCGUCCUGCUCAUUCAACCAGCAGUUGCAAAGGCUGGCGAAUCUAGUCUGUCUGUGCGAACAAAGUUCAUGAUUGAGACGAUUACCGAUCUGAAGAACAACCGCGUCAAAUCUGGCAUUGGUGCCAGCAUUACGUCCGAGCAUAUCACCAAAAUGCGCAAAAUCCUGGGAUCGAUGAAUAACUCUCGCGUGAUCCGCGCCUCCGAGCCUAUCAAUAUUACCCGUGCCGACAUUCACGAUUCCUCCAAGAAGGGCAAAUGGUGGUUGGUCGGCGCAAGCUGGAGAGAAGAUCCGUUGGUGUCUGCGCGACAGGAGCUGGCUGGUGUUCAAACGAGAAACGCCACUGCGGCAGAGGAUGACGACAGCGAAGCUGAACCUGACCUGGGAGAUCUCGCCAAAGCACACCGCAUGAACACUGAUGUUCGCCGAUCAAUCUUCGUGGCCAUCAUGUCUGCGAACGACUUCCAAGAUGCCCAUGUUCGCCUAAUGAAGCUCCGUCUGAAGCGAGCACAGGAAUUUGAGAUUUCCCGUGUACUAAUCCACUGCGCCAUGGAAGAGGAGGUACAUAACCCUUACUACACCCUUAUCUCCCGGCGGCUCUGCGGAGAUAUGGGCCGACGUAUCAAAAUGUCCUUCAUGUUUGCGCUCUGGAACGUCUUCAAGCGGAUGGGUGAGCGAGGAGAUGACGAAGAUGAGGAUAACGUUGACCCGGAUGACCAGGAAAAUGGUGUCAGUAUGAAAUCUGUCGUCAACUUGGCUAAGAUGUUCGGUAUGCUCAUUGCGGAUGGAAGCCUGACGCUGAGCGUUCUCAAGAACCUCAACUUCGCCUAUCUGCAACCCAAGACCAAAACAUUCGUCGAGGUCUUGCUCAUCAGUGUCAUCCAACAAUCGCAAAAGACCAACAAGGCCAACAAGAAGAAGAAGGCAAACAAGGACGCCUCGGAAGAGUCGACCAGAGACGAGGAGUCAUUGAUGCAGAUCUUCCUGCGCGUUCAGGAUACGCCUCAUAUCGCCAAGGGACUGAUCUUCUUCAUCCGCAAGGUUGUCGCCAAGAGCGAUCUUGUGACUGAGAAGGAAGAGAAACUGAUCCGUUGGGGGUGCAAUGUCGCCGUGGACGCACUCAAGGCUGUCAAGGAUUAA